AUGGCUAUCACACAUCUUGUCCUCUUCCAAUUUGUAGCAGGCACUUCUGCCGCGACCAUCAAAGAUGUAUGUGCCCGCAUGCUCGCUUUGAAAGAACAAUGCCUCGAUCCUAUCUCGCAGAAGCCGUAUAUCCUCGGCUCAUCGGGGGGGAUUGAUAACUCCAUCGAGGGGAAACAGUACGGCAUUACACAUGCGUUCGUGGUCGAGUUCGCCUCGGAAGAUGAUAGAGAAUACUACGUCCGUCGAGAUCCAGUGCACGCGGCGUUUGUCAAGAGUUUGGACGGGGUGGUUGAGAAGGGACAGGUUGUUGAUUUUACAGAUGGGGUGUUCUAG